AUGUCGGCGUCGCGCACAGCGAGGCGGGGCGGCGCGCGGCAGGAGGAGAGCUCGAGCCGGGAUGCCGGGGGAGGGAGGGGGGGACGACGGGGAAGGGGCGCGCGAGGGCGUGGGCAAGGCCGAAGCAGCAGCAGCAGCGCGCGGGGCGCUGGCAGGGGCGGCAGGACGGACGAUGACGGUCCGGUGACCGCGGAGCAGAUACUGCUGGGGGGGAAGGCGCUGGGACAGGCGCUUGCGGGCAGAGAUGAAGAUGAGGAGGAGGAGGAGAGCGAGGAGGAAAACGAGGAUGAGGAUGAGGAGGAGGAGAGCGAGGAGGAAAACGAGGAGGAUGAUGAGGAGGAGGAGGAGGAGGAUGAGGAGGAGGAGGAUGAAAAAGAGGAGGAGAAAGAGGAGGAGGAGGAGGAUGAGGAGGAAGAGGAGGAGGAGGAGGAUGAGGAGGAGGAUGAGGAGGAGGAGGAGGGAGAGGGGGAAGAAGAGGAAAAGGAGGAGGAGAAGGAGGGGGAGGAAGACCAUGCCCAUGGUGCUGCUGCUGAGGGGCCGGCCGCUGCCCCUGGGCGCGCACUGGCAGGCGCAGGCGGGAUUGUGAAGAGGGAAGACGGGCAUGGGGGGGAAGGCGCAGAGGAGGAGGAGGAGAACGAGGUGGAGACGGGAGCAGGGGAAGUGAAGGGGCAUGGCGAUUCAGUUGGAGACGCGGAAGAGAGGGAUGAGAAGAAGAGGACGGCGGGUGGUGUGGGUGCGAGCGGGUAUAGGCGAGGCAGGAGGGGGUCUCAGCCUGUUGCUGGUCGGCGUGACGCGGAGACCCAGCAAAGGGUGGAAACUGGGAUACUGAAGUGUGGGGAAGGAGAGGGGGGACAUAGAGAGGAUGAGGAGGAGGGGGCGGAGGAGGAGGGGGAGGAGGAGAGUGGCUGUGUGGUGCGUUCGAAGGAGGGGAGUGGCGGUGGUGGGAAGGCAGUGGUGAGCGCUGUGAAGAUAAAGCUGGGAAGGUUCAGUGCGAGGGAGGAGGACGAAGAGAGGGGGGUCGUGGGAGGUGCAGACGGGGGGGUGGGUGGCAGCGGUGGUGUGAAGGAGGUUGGUGCGAGGGUGGUUCGAGGAGAGCAGGGUGCUGACAGUGCCACCGCACAUGGUGCUGCUGCUGCUGCCACUACUGCUGCAGAAUCAUCAGCAGCAGCAGCAGCAGCAGCAGUCGAUGCAGCAGGUGCGCAUGCAAGCGUGAGGGUGAGGGUGCCGAAGCUGUGUGGCUGGAGCGACAUUCUGCAGCGGUCAACGCGAGUGACCCGCGUUGGCAAGGGCAGCAGGCCUCGUGCGCUGGGAGCUGUGGCGCGCGCAUGCAAAGGGCCGUGGGAAGCGUAUGAUCUGCCCUCGCCCCGCCCUGCCGCUUCUGCUGAUGGCGCUGCUGGUGAGGAGGAGGGCGCAUGCGCUGGUGGGGCGACGGGAGAGGUGAAAGCCGAGGGGGAUGCGGAGGGGUUUGGAGAGGUGAAAAAAGAGGCGAGUGCAGAAGGGAAUGGGGAGCCGGAUGGAGAUGCUUUAAAGAAGGAUGGGCAAGAGGAAAAUUCCGCGGUUGAUGGGUGUGGUGAUGAUGGGGAACGAUUAGGAAAGAAGGCGAAGGAAGAUGGGCAGGAGGAUGAGGUGGGGAAGGGACAGUGUGAAGAUGGGAGAGAGAGGGGCAACGAAGGGGGAAGGAGAGGAAGAGGGAAGGGAGCAGUGGGUGCGAGGUGGAAGAGAGAUGGAGGUGGGGGAAUGGACAGGGGAAGAGGGCGAGGGGGUGGGAGGGGAAGAGGGGGCAGGCAGUAUGGCGGUAGGUGGGCAGCAGGCAGAGUUUCAAUAAAGGAGGAGCCAGAGGAGAGUGAGAUGCAGGAAAAGGGGGGUGAGGAGGAUCCGCAUGGGGAAGGGACAGCGCAUGUGAUUGCGCAGAGGAAGGAUAGCCUUAAUCCGAGUGCAAGUGAUGCCUGUGCAGCGAGGGAGGGAGUGGAGGGUGCGGAUGAAGAGAGGACGGCGAGUGGUGCAGCGGGGCAGGUCUCCGCUGCUGUGCAAGGUGCUGGGGACGGGUGCCUGGAUGCUGCUGCCAUGUGUCUGGAGGAAGAGGAGGCAGGAGGACGCAGGGAGGGCAGCACGAAGCAGGCAGUGGGGAGCUGCACGGGGGGUGGUGUGGAUGGAGGGAAGGAGAGCGCUGGGGUGGAGGGGUGUGGAGAGGGGCAGGAGAGGCAAGGCGGGGAGGAGUGUGGAGAGCAGGGCGUGGUGAAGGGCGGGGAGCGGCACGGGGAAGGGCAAGAGAGGAGCUCUGCAGAUGGUGCAACGAAAGCCCCGUCGAGCCCACGGAGUGAUGGCAGCAGGCAUGCGUGCAUGGCCUCUACGCCAGGGAGAUCUGCAGGUGAUUCUCCGGAGGAGAAGGGACCGCACGAGCAGCGGGGGGGGGAUCGGGAAAUCGGUCAGGGGCAGCAGCAAAAGGAGAGCACAGGAGGUGAUAUCAAGGGUGGAGAUGAGGGGCAUGUGCAGGGGCAAGAGUGUGAGGGCGGUUGCAAGGACCCCCCUGUGAAGUCCUCCUCUGGAGCGCCCGUGUGCACUGCUGCGGACCUGCUAUGCCCUCCCACGCUCCCCGUAUCCUCUGCUGCUGCCGCUGCUGCCUCCCAUCCCUUGCGCCCCUCCCAAUCCUCCCCUCCACCUUCUGCCUCACACUCCGCAGCGGUCUCUCCCGCGUCAUCUCUUUCACUGGGCUGUGGAGCAGCAACAGUGGCACGCAUGGGAGCUGCGGGUGGGGCAGAUGCAAAGGGCGGGGCAACUGAGCUGGACAAGCAUGGGGAGGGCGCAAUGCAGAAAGCGGAUGGUGAACAAAACAUCAAAGUGCCGUGCCAGGGGAGUGGUGGAGGAGAGAACGAGGGUGCAAUGGAGUUGAAGGAGGAGGUGGGUGUUGAUCAGAGAGUGUUGAGCACGCAGGCACGUGCUGGCAUGCAGACAGGGGGGGUGACAGAAGCAGUGAAGGCAGCUGUAGGGGAUAAAGAUGAGCAGAGAGGGAAGGAGGAUGGGGGUGGGAUGGGAGGAGGAGUGGGAGGCGCGGGUGUGGAUGAGGGGCGUGAGGAUGGUGCGUGGGGCACGGGGAUUGAGAGCAAUGUGAAAGGAGGGAAGCAUGCGAGUGGCGAGGUUGUGGGGAGUGGAUGUGGAAGGGCAGAGGCGAGCACCGUGAUUCUGGUGAGUAAGACAGGAGAGGAAGCAGAGCGGGCAGGGAAGGAAGCAAAGCGGGCAAGGGAGGAAGCAGAGCAGGCAGGGGAGGCAGAGGGGAGAGGGGAGGCAGAGGGGAGAGGGGAGGCAGAAGGGAGAGGGGAGGCAGAGGAGGGAGGGGAGGCAGAAGAAAGCUGUAAGAAACGCAGGAGAUCUGAGUCGAGUCGGGCAGCAGCAGGUGGGGAGAAGGAUGCAGGGUCAGACAUGGUGGAGAGCGGGGCAGGAGGUGGUGGACGGACGCGCUCUCUUGCCGCAACAGGCUCCGAUCCUGCAGGCUCAGGCAAGAGAGGUUCGGCAGAGGAAGGAUCAGGCGGAGGUGCAUGUGAGGAGCAGCAGGGUAGAGAGGGUAGCGCGUGCAGUGGAAGGCAUGGUUGUGCCGAGGAGGAGAGUGGGAGAAAGAGAGGCGGGAGCGGCACAGUGGGUGCAUCAGCAGCAAGCGCAGAUGAUGCUGCGGAAGAGGAGAGGGGUGACGAGGGGUGCUGGGUGGUUGGCGAGAGCGGGGAUGAGGAGGAGAAAGGCAGCCGGGAGGAGGUGGCAUCGGCGCAGGUGCAAGAGCAGGAGGGCCCGAGACAGGGGAGUAAGAGGGACGGUCAAGAAGGAGCGCAAGCAGAGAGUGAAGCAGCGGAGAGCGAAGCAGCAGCAGAGACGGGUGGGACACAAAAGGCACGCAAAGGGGACGCUCCUGCUGCGCCUGCGCCUGCUGCUGGUGGAACUGUUGGUGUGCGGACAAGGGCAAGCAGGGGGGAACCGGCCGGCGAGGAGAGCAGGAGGCGGGGCAGCGGGAGAGAGGGAGGCGUGCCGCUACGGAGGAGUGCGCGGGUGGCAGAUGGCAUGGGCGGGUGGAAGCGAGGGUUCUGGGCGCUGGACGAUGGGUGGUAUGAGCGGGAGCAGCGCGAGGGGGAGAAGGCGAGGCGAGGGCGCAGCAGGGCAAGGCAGAAGACAGGAGACUCGGAGGUGAAAGCAGAGAAGGAGGAUGUGGAGGGGGCUCGAGGGAAGAAGAGGAGGCGAGUGGAGAGGGCGGGAUCAGGUAGUGAAGGGGGGCGCGAGAUGGGUGAGAGUAAAGGUGAGAGCAAGGGUGCAGGGGCGGGUAAGGUGAGUAGGCGUGCACAGGGCAAGGGUGCUGUGGGUAAGGGCGAGGAUACGAGUGCUGAACACAGUGCAGGGGAGAGAGGGUGGGAUGGUGCAGAGGGUGGGGGGAAGAAGAGGGAUUGGGCUGGAUUGGAUUCUGACAAGAGCAAAAGCAUGAGUGGUGGCACGUGCAAGCGACUGAGGGUGGAUGGAUUGUUGAAAGGGGAGAGGGAGGGCGAGGGGGAUGAAGGGGACAGGGACUCAGAGUUGCAAGGGAAGGGGAGAAUGGACGGGAAGGAAAGAGAUGGUGACUUUUCCCAGUACAACGAGACUAUGAGUGCAGUGAAGAGGGUGGAAGGGGAUAGGCGGAGUGGGAAGGAAGGCAGGAGUGCCUCUGGGAAGUCCUCUGAUGGCCCGUUUGAAGAGAUGGACUUGCAGCAAGCAGCCCUGGCUGGCAUUCGCGUGGUAGAGCCCGCUGCAUGCGAGGGGCGAGACAGGGAAGGGAGAGAGAGGGAAGGGAGAGGGAGGGAGGGGAGAGAGAAUGCGGAGAUUGAACGGGACAGUGAGGGAAAGAACAAGGAGAAGGAGGUUGAGGGCAGGACGAAGGAGGAGGAGGAGAGGGAGAAGCGUUGGAGGAAGGUUAGGAUCGGGAGAUAUGAUGGGAUGGAGGAGCUGAAGGAGAGUGUGGAGGAUAGGGAUGGGCUAGGAGUGGUGGUGAACGUGCAAGCCGAGCAAGAGCCUGUGGUGGUGUGGCUCAUGGGGCGACCUCUAGUCAUGGGAACCCGCCCUUGCUCUCCCUCCCCUGCCUCCUCAACUCCUUGCACCACCACUCCUCCUCCUCCUUCUACUGUUGCUGCUGCUGCUGCUGCUGCUGCGGCUGCUGCUGCAGCUGCUUCUGAUUCUACGUCCACACCUCCUGCGCCUGUGUAUGCGCUCCCACCCAAAGCUGGCUCUGCUCGUACUACCCCACCUGCCACUGCAGCGCACGCCUCAUCUUGGGCUAACGCCGAUGCCCUUGCUCCCAUCCGCACCAGCACCACUGCUGUCAAUGCCAGUGCACCCAUUGCUGCUCCUGCUGCCGCUGUGCCGGCAACCGUGGCUGUGUCGUCCCCCUCGGCUGUGCGCAUGGUGUCUCCUCUCAGAGCACCUCCGCCUCUCACCCUUCGCCAUAUGCCUGGCGGCAUGGCUGGCUGGCCGGGGGUGAGAGGGCAGCAUGUGGCAGCAGCAAGCACAGCAGGAGCAGAAGCAGGUGGAGCAGUGGGGGCAUUAGGAGGGUCAAGGUGUGCAGAAGCAGUACCUAACGUCCCUCUCAUGCCUUCAAACCGUGCCCCAAUGCCUCUGGCUCGGCCCAUGCACGCCCACAUGCACACACAUGCACCUCCAGCACACGCGCAUGCGCCUCCCUCACACUCGCGCUCGCACACCCACCAGCACCACCCUGCCUUACACCUGCCAUCCCCAUCCUGGUCACUGUACUCUACUCCACCAACCAGCCAGCAUGAGUGGGCCCAUGCAGGCCCCCCCACGGCUCAGCAUGCCUCGUUCCCUCAUGCCUCCCCUCUCUCCCAGCCUGCUCCCACUGCGCCACCUGCAUCAUCUGCACCUACCGGCACAGCUAGUUACUUCCCAGGGCAGAGCGGGGGUAUGUGUUUGCAGCCGGGGAGUAUGGGCAGCGCCAGUGACCCAUUGCCUCCGCACUCACAAGCCCAUGGGAAUAAUGUGGCAGCGGCCGUGGGAGCAGCAAGGACUGUAGCAGGUGCAGGUGCAGCAGUGCGAGGGGCCGCUUUAGAAGCAGUGGCAGUGGGUGCAGGAGGUGGUUGCACAACAGCAGCAGCAGUCCCCGUGCUAGGAGGCACAGCAGUGGGAGCACCUGCUGUUGCGGCUCCAUAUGGUGGGGAGCAAGGGUGGAGAGACAGCGGAGGAGGAAGCGGAGGAGCAGGGGAGGUGAAGGCGAGGUUUCGACCGGACGAAGUGGUUGUGCUGGAUGACUCCCCGCCCUGCUCCCCCACCAACGCACAUGCAGCGGCCAGGGAAGCAACAGCAGCCGGAGCUGCAUGCACGAAUACUGCGUCUGCUGCGGUCGCCCCCGGCAAUACCUCUCUCAACCUCACACCACCGUGUGCCUCUUCCGCUCUUGCCACGCCUCCUCACCCCACUCAGCCUCCAUUCAGGCAAUCCCUACUCUCCCAUCCUAACCUCCACCCCGGGCUCACUAUUCUCCCGCUUCCCGCCUUCUCCUCUCCUGCGUUCGCUAGCCCGGAUCCUCCCCAUGCUUCUCCUCUCUCGCUUGCUCCCUCUAUCGUGCGCCACUCCCCGCACUCUCUCCCUACCCCGUCCGCACCUGCCCGGCCCCCCUCCCUCCCAGCAUCCGCACCUGCAGCUGGGUUCGGGAGAGGCAGGGGCAAGCCAGGGCAGAUGGGGGAGAGGCGAGGCGCGGAAGGGCAGGCAGCAGACGGUGCUGGUUUCAGCGAGGCGCAUGCAGGGGGGAUGGCACGUGUGCCGACUCACUCACUGCGCAACAGCAUUGGCCGGGGGCGAGGCACAAAUAUUCACCUUGGGGGCGUUCCACACGCGGCCGGUGCGCCCCCCUCCUUUGCACCCCCACUCCCCCCCAACCACCUCUCACGCCCUGGCGACGCCUUCCGUCAUGCCGUGGACGCGGCCCCGCGGCCCCUAGUCGUGCCCUGGUCGCGCCCCGUCGUCGCGCCCUACCGCACACUUCCGCACCCCGCCGCUGUCGCGCUCACACCCGUCGCCGCCGCACAUGCGCCUACCGCGCGCCCUGCCGCCGCUGCGCCUGCACCUGUCGCGCUCGCGCCUGCCGUGCUCUCGCCUACCGCGCGCCCAUGCGACCUGCCGCGCGCCUGCCGCACGCCCUGUCGCGCCCUCCCGCGCCCUGCUGGCGCGCGCCCGUGCUCCCUGCUGCGCGCCUGCCGUGCCCUGCUACACGCCCUGCUGCGCUCUACCGCACCCGCUGUGCACCUGCCAUUCGCCUCCCACGCGCCAAACUGCAGCCUGUUGCCACGGCUGCCUUGUGCCUCUGAUUCCUCCUCUCAUGGCGUACGAGUUCGUCCUGUGGCGACCGCUCCCGCUGCUGCUGUGGCGCCUGCUCCCGCUGCUGCGGCGACUGCACCCGAGGAGGCGCAGCCGACUGCUGUGGUCCCGGCCCCUGAGUCUGGGGUGGCGCCGCAACCGGUGCCACUCUAG